AUGACUCAGCCAGGUGCCGAGCCUGUCGAGGAUGUCGAUGAUUACGAGUGCAACAUGGCGGCGGGAGCGUUUGCUGGUAUUGCCGUUAUAAGCCCCAGCGGUGGCCCCGCCUAUACCAGCCUGAUACAGAGCACUUACCGCAUGGCCGUUGGCGAAGGUAUCUCGAGCCUAUGGCGGGGCAUGUCCAGCGUAGUCGUCGGGGCCGGCCCAGCUCAUGCCGUUUACUUUGCGACGUACGAGGCUGUCAAGCAUGUCAUGGGUGGCAAUAAAGUCGGCACACACCACCCUCUAGCUGCCGGUUAG